UUGACAAUCAUACAUCCACUACUCGCUUCUUGGGCUCCAGCGUGGCGAAUCCAUGAAACAGAGUCUCGAGUACGUGUCAUGGCUUUCCUGCUCUGGUUUUCUCACAUCACAAUCACGCAUACCCUCCACAUCAAAAUGCGUCUCUCGCACCUCGUCCUCGCGACCGUUGUUGUUGCGGCUAGCCCAGCCGUCGCCCGCCCUCCCUGGGAUGAGAGAGGCCCAGAUCUCAACAGACUCCAUUGGUGCGUUAGGUACUGCAUGGAUGAUACUGCAGAGACGUAUAGGAUCAGGACUAAGUCACGGAAUCAAUUCUGCUGGAAGGAUACCGAGAGAGUUCGCACCUGGAUGUACAACGAACUCGGCCAUUGUAUUGAGAAAGAGUGCCCAGCCAAAGCCGACCUAAAAGAAGCCAAAAAAUCGAUCUGGAAGUUUAUUUGGGACUACGGCGGACAAACAAUUUGAGUUAUGGGACGAUAUAGGAAACAUUAAUCGGCGGGCAAGUUCCCUGGAGAGAGAGCUGUAGCCAUCAUGUGCAAUUUCCGGCGCCUUCCAAUGUAUUAAUAAAAUCUCUUAGAACUCUAUUCGUUAAGUCUUAGUAUUGAUGAUCAAACA